UUUUAUUUUAUCUAUUUAGUUGGCGCCAACACACACACACUCUCAAUUGGGCGGCGCAACUCGCCGGCGAAAUCGACUACAGUCAUGGAGGCAUGGAGGUUAGCGUUGUCGUCUUCGAUUAGAGGAAAGCUUAUAUCGGCCGGUUACACUAGUCUGUCUUCGAUUUCUUCCGUCUCUUCUUCUGAUCUCGCUCGAGAUGCAAAUAUCACAGAAGAUGAAGCAUUUGAGAUUUUGAAGUUGGCUAAUCAAUCCUCUGGAUCCAAUUCUUGCAAUGGAAACCGUUCUCUCAUCAAUGGAGCAAAGAACGCUUGGGAUAUGCUUCACGAAGAGGAGUCUUUGCCGCGGAUUACUACAUCUUGUUCUGAUCUUGAUAACAUCUUGGGUGGUGGGAUAAGCUGUAGGGAUGUUACAGAGAUUGGUGGGGUACCAGGGAUUGGCAAGACUCAGAUUGGGAUCCAGCUCUCUGUGAAUGUUCAGAUUCCUCGUGAGUUUGGUGGUCUUGGAGGGAAAGCUAUAUAUAUCGAUACAGAAGGUAGCUUCAUGGUGGAACGUGCUUUACAGAUAGCAGAAGCUUGUGUAGAGGAUAUGGAAGAAUACACAGGAUACAUGCAUAAACAUUUUAAAGCAAAUCAAGUUCAAAUGAAACCUAAAGAUAUCUUAGAGAACAUAUUCUACUUCCGUGUCUGCAGUUACACCGAGCAAAUCGCUUUGGUUAACCAUCUUGACAAGUUCAUCUCUGAAAAUAAAGAUGUUAAAGUGGUAAUCGUUGACAGCAUCACGUUUCAUUUCCGUCAGGACUUUGAUGACUUGGUCCAGAGGACUCGAGUGCUCAGCGAAAUGGCUCUUAAAUUCAUGAAGCUUGCCAAAAAGUUCUCACUUGCGGUUGUGUUACUAAACCAGGUGACCACAAAGUACACUGAAGGCUCGUUUCAACUAGCUCUAGCAUUAGGCGAUAGCUGGUCUCAUUCGUGCACCAACCGAGUCAUUCUGUAUUGGAACGGUGAUGAGCGUUAUGCCUAUAUUGAUAAGUCUCCUUCACUGCCUUCAGCCUCGGCUUCAUACACAGUAACUAGUAGAGGUCUGAGAAACUCAUCCUCAAGCAGCAAAAGAGUCAAGAUGAUGUAAUAACACACAACACAGGCACAAAGUACAUGAGUAAGCUUUCUCCGGUUUAGUUUUGGUUCGGUUCUUGAUUCGGUUGAAGUGCAUGAUUUAGACUGGUCAAUACCGGACUAAAUAAAUAAUUGCAACCUUCAAAUCUAAAGCAAUUAUGUUCUUCACCAACCCUUUGCUUGUUAUCAGUCAUGACCAUGGCUUUUUUGACUUGGAAAAUUGAACCAAAAAAAAAGUUAUGUUCGUUAAAUUGUUAGAGCCAUAGAGGAUCACAGCCGUCAAAGUUUGUGUCCUUUCUGAAUCCAACGGUCAGAUUUUCUUUAGCUUGACGAGAUCUAAUUGGUUGAUUCAUAAUC